AUGGCGAUAGGAACGGCCUCUUUGCAGGAUCGCCUGGAGAUAUGGGCACAAAGGUUGAACAACCUGACUGUCUCUCCAUUGACCCGCGAUUACCCUGAUACACAGAAGCAAGAGCAUAAGAGAGCCAUCGAAGCGUUUGAAUCUCUCCAACUUCCCAAGAAUACUCAAUCGCAAUUACAAAAGCUUCCAGGCUCGGCCUUUACCGUUUUCUUGACUGCCUUUGUGAUUCUGGUAGCCCGAUUGACUGGUGAUGAGGACAUUGCUGUGGGGACAAGCUCCGAUGAGGAUGGCCGCCCAUUCGUCAUCCGGGUUCCCAUCAAUACCGCGGAGACCUUCGCCCAGCUCUAUGAAAAAGUAGACAAGGCGUUUAAGGAAGGCGCUUCUCAAAUCGUGCCUUUGGGCAGUCUUCGCUCGUACAUUCAGGAGAAAUCCAAGUCCGAACGCACUCCAGUCCUGUUCCGAUUCGCGGCAUAUGAUGCCCCUGCAGCCUCGCAGGAUUAUCCUGCAAACACAUUUGAUACCACUGAUUUGGUAGUCAAUGUGGCACCCGCCAAAAAUUCCGAUGGUUCGGCGACGGAAGUCGAACUGGGUGCAUACUAUAACCAGCGAUUAUUCUCGAGUGCCCGUAUUGCUUUCAUUCUGAAGCAAUUGGCUGGUGUUGCUAUCAAUGCUGCCGCCAACCCAGAGGAGGCUAUUGGGCGCAUCGACCUGAUGACUGAGGAUCAGCGCGCAUUGUUGCCUGAUCCAACAUCCAACCUGAACUGGUCCAAGUUCCGUGGUGCUAUCCACGAUAUUUUCUCUGCCAAUGCCGAAAACCACCCAGACAAGCUGUGUGUGGUUGAAACUCGGUCGAGCAGCUCUCCUCACCGCGAAUUUACCUACCGCCAGAUCAAUGAGGCUUCCAACAUUCUCGGCCACCAUCUGGUGCAGUCUGGUAUUCAACAAGGUGAGGUUGUGAUGGUAUAUGCCUACCGUGGUGUGGACCUUGUGGUUGCUGUUAUGGGAAUCUUGAAGGCCGGUGCCACAUUCUCCGUCAUCGACCCUGCCUAUCCCCCGGAACGCCAGAACAUCUACCUCGAUGUUGCCCGUCCCCGUGCAUUGGUGAACAUUGCCAAAGCUACAAAGGAUGCUGGUGAGCUCUCAGACAUUGUGCGGACUUUCAUCAACGAGAACUUGGAGCUCCGUACCGAAAUUCCUGCGCUCGCCUUGCUAGAUGAUGGAACCCUCCUUGGUGGUUCGAUCAAUGGUCAGGAUGUGCUCGCCAACGAAGUUGUACUGAAGUCCAAGCCUACCGGCGUCAUCGUUGGCCCUGAUUCUACCCCGACACUGUCUUUCACCUCCGGCUCGGAAGGACGACCGAAGGGCGUUCGUGGCCGACACUUCUCACUGGCCUAUUAUUUCCCUUGGAUGUCCGAGACCUUCAAGCUCACACCGGACGAGAAGUUCACUAUGCUUAGUGGUAUCGCUCACGAUCCUAUCCAGAGAGACAUUUUCACUCCGUUAUUUUUGGGUGCUCAACUCUUGGUGCCCGCUCGGGAGGACAUCCAGAACGAGAAGCUUGCCGAAUGGAUGCAGAAGUACGGUGCCACUAUCACCCACCUUACACCUGCUAUGGGCCAGAUUCUUGUUGGCGGUGCCUCUGCUCAGUUCCCUACUCUUCACCACGCAUUCUUUGUCGGCGAUAUUUUGAUCAAGCGUGACUGCCGUUCGCUCCAGAGACUUGCACCUAACGUGAACAUUGUCAACAUGUACGGAACAACCGAAACCCAGCGCGCUGUCAGCUAUUUUGAAAUCCCCAGCUACGCUAGUCACGAGGGAUACUUGGAUACCAUGAAGGAUGUUAUCCCCGCUGGCCGUGGAAUGUUGGAUGUGCAAAUGCUUGUUGUUAACCGCUAUGACCCUACUCGCAUUUGUGCCAUUGGAGAGGUCGGUGAGAUUUACGUUCGUGCCGCCGGCCUUGCAGAGGGCUACCUUGGUUCCCCUGAAUUGAGCGCGAAGAAGUUCCUUACCAACUGGUUCGUCAAGCCCGAAGUUUGGGCAGAGAAGGAUCAAGCCGAAUCCAAGGACGAGCCCUGGCGCCAAUUCUACGUUGGUCCUCGGGAUCGUCUGUAUCGCAGCGGUGAUCUAGGCCGAUACACACCAACCGGAGAUGUUGAAUGCUCCGGUCGUGCUGAUGACCAAGUUAAGAUUCGCGGUUUCCGUAUCGAGCUUGGAGAAAUUGACACUCACCUUUCUCGUCACCCUCUCGUCCGCGAGAACGUGACCCUGGUGCGAAGAGACAAAGACGAAGAACCCACCUUGGUCAGCUACUUCGUGCCCGAUAUGAACAAGUGGGCUUCCUGGCUGGAGAGCAAGGGCUUGAAGGAUGAUGACUCUGCUGAUGGUAUGGUGGGUUUGCUGCGACGAUUCCGUCCUCUCCGCGAAGAUGCUCGUGAGCAUCUUCGUAGCAAGCUCCCUACAUACGCAGUGCCCACCGUCAUCAUUCCCCUCAAGCGCAUGCCUCUAAACCCGAACGGCAAGAUCGACAAGCCCGCACUUCCCUUCCCGGAUACCGCGGAGCUCAGCGCCGCCGCACCCCGCCGCCGCUCUUCCGCAUUGCAGGCGCUGUCUGAGACUGAGCAGACUCUUGCCCAAGUAUGGGCUAAGCUCAUCCCUAAUGUGACACCUCGCAUGAUCGGACCGGAUGACUCCUUCUUCGACCUCGGUGGUCACAGUAUUCUAGCUCAGCAAAUGUUCUUUGAGCUCCGUCGCAAAUGGCGUGGCAUUGACAUUAGUAUGAAUGCUAUCUUCCGCAGCCCAUCACUGAAGGGCUUUGCUGGCGAGAUCGAUCGCUUGCUAGCUUUGGAAUCAUUCGCAACUAGCGAUGAGAAGACUCUCGCCGGCGCUGUGCAAGCUUCCAAUGAACCGGAUGACGAAUACUCGAAGGAUGCCGCUCAGCUUGUGAAUGAACUACCGAAGACUUUCCCUCAGCGUACUGAAGCUAUGCUCACCAGCGAACCUACAGUGUUCCUCACUGGUGCCACUGGCUUCCUUGGCGCGCAUAUUCUCCGUGAUCUGCUUACCCGUAAGGCUCCCUCCACUAAGGUAGUCGCUCUUGUCCGGGCAAAGUCCGAGGAACAAGCGCUAGAACGCCUUCGCUCCACUUGCCGCGCUUAUGGUUUCUGGGAUGAAACAUGGACCUCUAAGUUGCAAGCAAUCUGCGGUGAUCUUGGAAAACCGCAAUUUGGUCUCUCUCAACCAUUGUGGGACGACUUGACUAACCGUGUGGAUGCUGUGAUCCACAAUGGAGCUCUUGUCCACUGGGUCUACCCCUAUUCAACUCUCAGACCGGCCAAUGUUAUGGGUACUAUCGAUGCCUUGAAGCUGUGCGGCAGCGGUAAAGCCAAACAGUUCUCAUUCGUCAGUUCCACUAGUGCGCUCGAUAAGGAUCACUUCGUCCAAGAAUCCGAGCGUAUCAUCGCCGCUGGUGGCAAUGGCAUCAGCGAAGACGAUGAUAUGGAGGGGAGCAGGGCUGGCCUUGGAACUGGUUACGGUCAAAGUAAGUGGGCUGGUGAAUACCUUGUCAAGGAGGCCGGCCGCAGAGGUCUGAGGGGAACUAUUGUCCGUUCCGGAUACGUCCUCGGUGAUUCCGUCACUGGAACUACCAAUACGGACGAUUUCCUUAUCCGUAUGCUCAAGGGUUGCAUACAACUUGGUGCUCGGCCUAAUAUUCACAAUACCGUCAACAUGGUACCCGUCGACCAUGUGGCUCGUAUUGUCAUUGCCUCUGCCUUCUAUCCACCGACAUCCGCCGUUGGUGUCGCCCAUGUCACUGGACACCCUCGCUUGCGCUUCAAUGAGUUCCUUGGUGCACUAGAGCUCUAUGGAUACAAAGUGCCUCAAGUUGAUUACGUUCCUUGGUCCAAUGCCCUGGAGCAGUACGUCAAUGAUGGCGAGCAUAACGACAAGGAAUCUCAGCAUGCUCUCAUGCCGCUUUACCACUUCGUCACUUCCGAUCUUCCCUCGAACACCAAAGCUCCGGAGUUGGAUGAUGUCAAUGCAACAGUGGCUCUGCGGGCCGACGCCGCUUGGUCGGGCGUUGAUGCAUCAGCAGGUGCUGGCGUGACCGAGGAAUUAGUUGGCCUUUAUGCCUCAUACUUGGUGCAAACGGGCUUCCUUCCUGCACCUACCGUCGCUGGAGCUCGUCCCCUUCCUGUUGCCCAAAUCAGUGAGGAACAGAAGAAGACUCUGUUGAGCGUCGGCGGCCGUGGUGGUACCUCUUAA